GGAAACGAAUUAUUAUUAUACGUUUGAUGGUGGCGCGGGGCGAAUUAAGUUGAAGUAAAACGAAAAUAUCAUUUUCGUUUGCUGGAUCCCGAAUUACUUUAAUACUGCUUUGUGUGUGGGUGAUAUACUAAUUUUUUUUAAAAUUAUAUUGGAUACAAUUUGUUUUUUUCGUCAUUGUCGUCGUAUUCAGGUAGUUAGGUAUACUAUGUUUUACCGGGGAAGGGGGAGGGAAUGAGGCGUCUACUGGCAGAAAAUCGCAUUACGUCCACCGGAGGCUAAUCGAUAUUUUUCUUGCGCUCACGGGUCAGCUAAUAUUUAAGCGUAAUUGAUGGAAAAAAAAAAUAAUAAUAAUGACAAUAACUAUACAUCGAUAAUAAUUCGGUUAGGAGAUGGGAAAAAAAAUAAAUACAAACAAAAACAAAUAAAACAAACCGCGGCGCGUACAACAAGGUCGCCGCCGCACGUAACGUUCGGCCGCCGCCGGCCGUCAGAUGGCGGUUUCUGCUGUCGUCGCCGGUCCCGUCGGCCGCCGUCCCUAGAAACGCGUGCGAGUUCCAAGUGCGCCGCCUUUCCGCCCGGACCCUCCGAGCACGUUUUUUUUCUCUCUCUCACUCUCUGUGUCUCUCGUCCGACCGUCCGUUUUCCGACUGGUUGACUUUUCUUCGGCGUGUGUGCGUUUCCACUAAUUUUCAGCCUCUGUUUACGCGAUGUGCACAACUACGCAGCGAAUCGCUCACCGCCGGUGGCUGUAAUAAUAAUAUUAUCGUUAAUAUUACCGUUUUAUCGCGUACCUACGACCGCAGUAAUAACUAAGAUAAUUGGGCUCGUCGUUUGCAAGCAGCGGAAAUGAGCUUCUUUCGUGAAAACCCCGAACGAUAAUACGAAACGAACCACCAGAAAAUAUAAUAUAACGUUAUUAACCGAACAAUAGUGUUACACCACAACCGCCGUCGUUACAACGCUGUUUGGACGACGAAAUUCCGUUCCAGAAGAAAACUCGUCGAAUCCGCAGAUAUCCGCUCGAUUUUCUCCGGUCCCCCAUGGCGGACCAGCGAGUGACGUGGUACGUGGCCACGCUGUCAGCAAUUAUAAUUUCCGUCGCUGCUGGAAUAGGUAGUAAAGGCGGUCUCAUUUUGACCAAACUGAUCAUACCCCAAUGGGCGGACUUGAGGAGUUCGGUGACGCUGUACUGCCAGUUCGACACGGGCGGCGACAGUCUGUACUCGGUGAAAUGGUACAAGGACGAUCACGAAUUCUUCCGAUACACUCCCGGAUUGUCUCCGCAGACGCUCGUGUUCGAUUUGGACGGAGUAAACGUAGACGAGAGUAAGUCGUCCGCUAGUGAAGUGACGCUGUAUCCGCUGACCAGGACGAGCAACGGAAAUUACAAGUGUGAAGUAUCUACGGAUGCUCCGAAUUUCCCGACAGUCGUCGAAGACGCCAAUAUGUCAGUCAUUGCGUUUCCCGACGAUGGUCCGAGGAUAGAAGGACUCCGACCAUUGUACUCCGUAGGUGAAUUCUUAGAAGCCAACUGUACAGCCAAAAUGACAUUUCCCCUAGCACAGGUCACUUGGUUCAUCAACAACUUAGAGGUGGACAGUUACCUGCUCGAGCGUUACACUCCCGAAAUAUCCGAAGGGCCGUUCUACAACUCCACGUUGGGCCUGCGGUUUCCACUCAAAAAGGAAUGGGUGGACAUGAACAAAAAACUUAUGUACGUCAAAUGCAUUGCAAAGGUAGCCGGAGCUGAGCCCAAGACGGACGAGACGAGUGUACGGCUGCGACUCAUACCCGAUCAGACACUAUCGCAGGAGAGGCACAUUCUUAAUGCUGGUACUGCCAUCAACAACCAUUGUGCCAUAAUAUUGAUCAUAUCUGCUGUUUAUUACUACGAAGUGUACAAUUAAGUUGAAGAUUUAAGUAAAACCUUUAUUAAAUACCAAAGAUAUAACACAUUAAAUGUAUAAUCAAUAAUGUGCAAUUAGGAUGAAAAACUUUUCCAUUUUUUAAAUUUUUUUUUGUAAAAUGGCGUUUUUUUUCAUUGUUGUCGCCUGGUUGUCUUGGACCCCACCGCAUAAUAAUGGCCUGAACUUCAAACACAAAAUGCCUCGUUCAAAGAGAAGUCGUGUACACAAACGUGGUAUCCGCGGUAUCAAUUAGAGUGUUCAUGCUAUUUUUUCAAAGAGCUUUUUAAACCUUUAAACUUUUUAUUGAAAGUUCAUGCCUUUGUGUAGGACCGUUAAAAGACUCACCAUCUUAUUAACCUUUAAAUAAUAAUAAUUCGGUUGAAAGUUUUUUUUUUUUACCACCAACGCAUAAGAAACAAAAACGUGUUUGAUGUAAGUUGAGCGUUUUCUAAAUAAUUCCAUAUUUUUCCAUUUUUUUGUCCACAUUUUGUUUACAUGUUUUGCAAUGAGCAAAUACGGUGGUGCUGAUUAGCUCCGGCGCUUUUCUACCUUUCCCUAUUUACCUCUAUACUUUCAUAUUAUAAAUUAAGUCAGCAUCCUAAAAGCUACGGGUUUGUGAGUACAAGUCAACAAGUAUGACAAGUGUCUUGGUUGUCGUACAUCUUUUGUGUAAAUACUAUUUAUCGUUGUCCUGUACAACUAGAUAUUAUAUUAUAUUAUAUUUAAUAAUAUAUUACCUACCUAUAUAAA